AUGGCAGCCAAUUUGCUGAGGUUGGGACUGGCAAAGCGAUUUCUUCCUUCGCUGUCUCUCAGGAGGGGUGUGCAUGUGUCGGUCUACGACAAGAACCCAGAGGAGCAUGUCCACUCAACCGUGGUGCCCGACUAUUUAAUCCUACCUCAAUCUGACAAAUAUUGGGCUCCUCACCCUCAGACCGGGGUUUUUUGCCCUGCAACGGAUCACAACUCGACUGCAGGUGGGGAACGUGGUUUUCACUCCUCGUCCACGAGUGCUAGUGGCGAUUCAGUGUUGGAGCAGAAGGCCUUUUUUCGCCCUCUCGAGGAUUUGGAGAAGCCAACCCAUUCUUGA